CCUUUUCAUGGAUAGCCCUGUAGCACCAGAGAUGGAGAUGAUUGGAAAUCCUCAUACACAGACAAACAACUUCUCCACACACCGAAGAUCCUCCAGAGGUGGCUGGAAUGCUGCCAUUUUCAUCAUCUUUGUGGAGGUAGCAGAGAGAUUUGCUUUCUACGGUGUCUCCGGUAACCUCAUCUCCUACCUCACAAAAGAACUCCACCAGCCCACCGUCGCCGCCGCUAAGAAUGUCAACACCUGGGUUGGCGUCUCAACACUCUUCCCCUUGCUCGGAGCCUUCAUUGCCGAUUCCUACUUGGGUCGCUUCAGGACCAUCCUCAUCUCCUCCCUCAUCUUUCUCUUGGGAACGGUACUAUUGACCUUAUCGGUGUCGGUGUUUCCUUUGCAUUGGCGGGAAGCAUUGUUCUUUGUAGCUCUUUACAUAUUGUCUGUCGGAGAAGGUGGGCACAUGCCAUGUGUGCAAACCUUUGCGGCAGACCAGUUCGACGAGGAUUCACCGGAGCAGAGAAAGGAGAAGAGCUCCUUUUUCAACUGGUGGUAUGUGGCAAUAGUGAUCGCUGCAACUACUGCCACACUGCUCAUAAUCUAUCUGCAGGAUAACAUUGGGUGGACAAUAGGGUUUGGAGUGUUGGCAGGGGUGUUGGGAGUGGCAUUGGCAAUAUUUUUGUUGGGAAUGAAGAAGUACCGAAAGGAGGGUCCCCCAGGGAGCCCAUUCACCACGGUGGCGCAGGUGUUUGUUGCAGCAGCUCGGAAGUGGCGCGUGGAUGAGACGCGCAGCGGGUGGGAUGUAUACUAUGGAGAUCAGAGCAGUGGGGCCCUGUCUCAUGGUCAACCUAAGGCUCGGAUCUUGGGCCGGACUAAUCAAUUCAGGUUUUUGGACAAGGCAAUGAUCAUAGACAACAACAAUGAUGCAUCAAGCAAAACCAGAAAUCCAUGGAGGCUAUGCUCCCUAAAUCAAGUAGAAGAAGUAAAGCUGGUCCUUCGCCUCAUCCCCAUAUGGUUUAGCUGCUUAAUGUUUAACGUCGUCCAAGCCCAACUCCACACCUAUUUCAUCAAGCAAGGAAGCACAAUGAUCCGGUCGAUCGGACCCCACUUUCAGCUUCCUUCGGCAUCGGUUCAAGCCCUCACCGGCUUUGUAAUCUUAAUCACAGUCCCAAUCUACGAGAGAAUUUUUGUCCCGAUUGCCAGAAAAUUCACCGGACACCCAUCAGGCAUUACUGUGCUGCAAAGGAUAGGAGUAGGCCUUUUUCUAUCCAUCAUCAACAUGGUUGUGGCAGCUCUGGUGGAAGCGAAAAGGGUCAGCAUUGCCAAAGAGAAUAAUCUCAUGGAUAACCCAAAAGCAGUGGUAAUAUUAAAUCUUUCACUUCUUUCAAAGUUUAAACCGAUAAUAAAUGAUUGA